AUGUCUCCGGUAGACAAUAACCUUCCAUCCCAUGCUAAAAGCAAGGGCCAUCUUGCCCUCUCGUCCCCGUCCUCCCGGAUCGCUGUCCGGUCGUCCCCAGCCUUUGGGUUUCUUGACAAACGAGCGCCCCGACGGACAAUGAACGGCUUCGCAUUCGUCCCCCGCCCCUUCCCGCCCCCCGCCCUUACCGAUGUUCCUCUUGAGUACAUCAUUGACCAGCUCCGUCGCCUCGCUCCCCACUAUUGGAGCAAGCCUGAAACCUCGGAUUUCGUUCCGUUGGACACAAAAGCAGCCGCCACGACGUCUGGGCUGUCCAGCGACAUCACCUCGAGCUCUUACUCGCAGCCAAGCAUCGCCAGCCUUGUCAGUCUUGAGCAUCAGCACGACGAUCCGGCCCUCCGCCCGGCUCCCCGUAUGGUCAUGCAGCUGCACAUGGAUUACCUGUGUGCACACUCCGCCCUUUUGCGCGGCUUGCUCAGCGGCGCCUCUCCUUUCGACUUGAUCGACAGCCCACCUAGCUCGCCCCUCUCGCUCCCACAGUCGCGGUCCAGCCUGGUGUCCAACGACAGCCGCUCCCGCCGCUCGUCACUCUCCACACCUCUCUUCCCCUACUUGCUUCCAUCUCCGCCGACACGUCCGAUGAUUUGCCUCCCAGUGCCAGACCCAGCCUCGUUCCGCCUGUUGGUGCACUACAUCUACUUCGGCUCCACCUCCUUCAUCGAGGAUGCAUUAGACGCCGGGACGCUAAGCUGGGAGGGCCUCGCGCGGAACGUCGAGUACCUCGGUCUCGGCUCCGAGAUCAAGGUCUUCCUGGGACGCUGGUAUGGGCGCUGGAGGUGCCGACGAAGUGCUCCUGGAUAUGACUCCGACAGCAAUGACGAGCUUGAUAACGACAAUGUAUAUGACGACGACGAUGACGACAAUUUCGGCCAGGAGCUCGAGCUCCCACCGAUGAACAUGUCCACGGCGACAUCUCCGACCGUGUUCGAUCCCGAUGAGGAAUACUACAAGGCCGACGACGAGGAUUUCACCAAGUCCCCAGACCCCCCGCGUGGACGUCAGCGUACGCCCCGCCGUCUGGGACAUUCGUGCUCUGACCCCGGCCUGCACUCCUCACGUCACCAGGAGAAGAUUCGUGUGCCGCGCGGUCGCAGUAGAUAA